CGUUGGAUGACCUUCGCGCCCCCAACCUGCCUGCAAAGGGAGCACCUUCGCAUUGGUAUUCAAAGCGGCACCACGACUGGCUGGGCAAGCCAGCUGUCUUGCAUCAAAGAUGUCUACAAGCUUCAACAUGGCGUCGCUCCGGCGAACGCUAGUUUCUGUCGCCGCUGCUAGGACUCGCACAUCACCCUGCGUGCCUCUUACGGAAUACACAGAUCUUUCGAGGAGGGCGCUGCACACCUCAGAGGCGAGUCGAGCUCAGGAAGCUUCCCCCAGCACAUCCAGACCUUCCGGUCAGCGAUCGUCCUCUUUCGCCCAGCGCGAUGCUCAAGGUGGAGCUGCCCGAGCACGUUCGGCAGGCGGUCCAAGCUCAGGGGCAUACUCUGGCGGUCGAACCUUUCCCUCUUCCAACAGAUCAGGACCAGGUCGCAGAUUCGGACCUGGAGGAGCGAGUGGAAGGUUCUCGGGUGGGGCAGGCGGAAGAGGGAGAGAUUCCAGGAAACCUCGCGCUCCCCCCAGAAGACUGCCGCCGUACGAGGAAUGGCUAAAAUCAGAAGAUGCAAAGAAGUGGAGACAGCCACCCUCUGACACUCGCGGGCCCUUCUGGAUCUCUGAUACACCCUUUCCACUGAACAAGACCUUCAACCCUUCUCCGCCAAUCGCCAGUCACAUCCGCGACGAGAUGUGGGCACAACAUCAAGCUUCGCCACGGGACACUGGAUCAGCUCGAGAGAUAAGCUCUCGCUUCGGCGUAUCCAUCGAGCGCGUCGAAGCCGUGCUCCGUCUCUGUGCCCUCGAAAGAGAAUUCACUGCUCAUGGUCAACCUCUACAGACGCACUUCGCAGCCUCAAUGGAACAGAUCCUGGGCUCAGCUGCGAAACCUGCCAAGCUUCGCUUACAGGAGCGUGCAGCUGCAGCAGAAUCGGGAGGAGCGAGCGAUGCGUCCCAAUUCCGCUCGCCUGUCCUCUCGCCCCUCUACAGAGCUCCGAGCAACAAGGGCGGUGCGGAUGGUAGGAGUUCUGAUCCGAAUCAAGCCAUCGAUGAGGAUGUUCCUGUGGAGUCGAAUCCUAAGUCGAAUGAAGUGCUGGAUAUCAGAGGACCUCACCGUGAGAUGGUCGACGAGGGCUCCGAUCCCCCAGAGGUGCUCAGGCCUGCUUUGGAGGCUGCCACCCAGGAGCGACAAGCACAGAUCAGCGCGAUGCCCUCAUCCAAGCCCGAGUACAUUCGGGAUCGCGAGACUGGAGAACUAGAGCAAACCUCGUCCGUUCCGCUCUCGCUCGACGAGCAGCGAGCCUUCAAGGGUCGAUCCUUGAAGGUGGUGAAUGUGGGCAGCAAGUCGUAUCGGGGUGCGGGUACUGUGGAAAGGAAUAGGAGGAGGGCAGAGAGGCGAAGCAGAAUGAGAGCUGUGCUGAGGCUUAAGAGGGCUAGAAAGAUGGACAAGGCGGAAAUGAGGAGAGUCGAGAGGGCCAUGUUUCUCGCUGAACGCAAAUUCUCGGGUCAAAAGGACAGUGAACAAGCUGGAAGCCAUCAAGAAGGCGAUCGAGGAACGGUCGGGCAAGCCUGAGCUGGUGGUGCGGCUGCCUCACCUAGCUCAAUGUAACGAGCCAAGCCGAACAUUUGGACGAAAUGGAUAUCGGAACGCUGCAUCCUUCGAAUUGGUCUGACACAAUUGACAUGAAUUUGGAACGCCUACAAUCAGAAGUCAACGAGCAUUGCAGGCACAGCGUAGCUGAUGUGCCUCAUAUGUCAGCAUCAGCCUGCAGAGGAGGUGGGUAAGGCUAUACAUCGCGUCUGGGAAACACAUAACAGGCAUCUUCCCUCCUUCUUGCUUGUGACAAGGUGACGCAGUAUUCAGCGCCCCAACUCAGGAGUCCUUCACACUCUGUCGGUGGCCUGCAACCUUAUAUGACUUGAAUCCUAUGCGCAUCGCCC